GUCGUUAACCAGCAUUCCAGCACAGCAACGCGCUAGCUAAUCAAAUCCCACGUCUCCUGCUCGUGGACGGCUUGGACGCCCUCGUCUCUUUCCUUCCUCUCCCCUCCCCUCCCGCGCCCCCCUUCGGCAAUUCCCAACCCUAAAACCCUUGCCACCGCAAGAGCCAGUCCAUCCAUGGGCGGCGAGAUGCCGGACGCCGACGGGAAGUCCCGCGGGGCGGACACCUCCUCCGCCUCCUACGGGUACCCGCCGUCGGCGCCGCCGCAGCCGCAGCACCAGUACGGCACCUUCGGGCCCCCGUCGGGCGGCUCCGGGGCGUUUCCGCAGCCGGCGGUCGGGGUCCCCCAGCCGGCGCCGCCGCCCGGGAUGCAGCACUACCCGCAGCCGCCGCCAUCGUCGUACGCGGUCUACCCGCCACCGCCGCAGCAGCCUUACUCGGCUGCCGCGCCGUACUAUGCCCAGGGUUACCAGGCCGUGCAAGGUUAUAUUCCUGUUGUUGAAGGGAGGCCUGUAAGAAUGCGGCGUCUUCCAUGUUGUGGCCUUGGCAUGGGUUGGUUUCUGUUUAUAAUUGGAUUCUUCCUUGCUGCCAUCCCAUGGUAUGUUGGAGCUUUUGUUCUGAUUUGUGUCCGAGUACAUGAUUACCGGGAGAAACCAGGAUACGUUGCUUGCACUAUUGCUGCCUCACUUGCUGCAAUUGCUGUGCUGCUUGGUGCCACGAAAGGAGCUGAUGUGUGGUGAGAACGCUUUGGAUGGGCUAGCGUUCUGCCUAUGUAAUUUGUUCAUUAUUCGCCUACUUUGUUGAGCUGUCUGGGUUGUACAUGUAUGCAUAGAGAAGAUAGGGCGGAACGAGACCAACGUACCCUAUAGCACAUUUGUAAGAUGAUUGGUGUCAAUGUAUUCUCACAUUAAUGAUUUGAUGUAAAGUUGCUUUCAUUCCAUUAUGUUAAUAUUACCUGUAGCCCUGGA